AUGGCAGCGAUCAAAGGCCUGGGAAGAAACAUUCCUUACUUGCGACAACAAUUCGCAGCGUUUCUAGGAACUACUAGCACCAGUGUCAAGUUCAUCUGCGUUGUGGUUCUCUUCUCGUAUUGCUUAUCUUUUUCCGAACAGGCAGUGCAAGCUUUGAGCGUAACACCAGGUUAUUUGUUACCUUCGGAUUUCUGGAUAUGGACCGCUUUCACAUUUUGCUUCCUGGAGAUACAUUUUUGGGAAGUAUGCGUGGACAUCAUCACGGUCGGCCUUUGUGGCAAACUAAUAGAGCCCCUAUGGGGUGCUAUGGAAAUGAUGACUUUCUUUGCUAUCGUCAACAUUGGGGUUGCUGUACAAUCAACUCUGUUCUACUUAUUUUUCUACAUGUGCACUGGUGAUCCAGGUUUCCUUUUCCAAAGGCACAUUCAUGGGUUAACUGGCUACAUUGCAGGAGUCAGUGUGGCUGUGAAACAGAUAAUGCCAGAUCAUAUUUUAAUUAAGACACCGAUAGGAAAAUUCAAAAAUAGAAACAUUCCUUUAAUGGUAUGGUUUGUGAGCUUGUUAUUGUGGCUCCUUGGAUUGUUAGAAGAUACCCAUCCAACAAUGUUUCUGAGCGGCUUAUUAAUCUCUUGGGUUUACUUACGAUUUUAUCAGAGGCAUAACAAUGGCACUAGAGGAGAUAUGGCUGAUAAUUUUACAUUUGCAAGCUUUUUUCCAAAUGUUUUACAACCACCGAUAGCAGUAGUCAGCAAUACUGUACAUGGUUUUUUUGUACGAAUUGGUGUUUGUAGGAAGGUUGUGCGAAGGUUUGACAUGUCCAACGCACCACCAGGACUUGUCAUUAAUUUACCAGGGAUUGACCCACAUGACAGUGAAAGGCGCAGGCAAAUAGCAUUGAAAGCUUUAAGCGAGAGAUUGAGUAAGGAUCAUUCAAAGCCAUGGCAAUCAGAUAGGAGUAAGAAACAUUCUCCUGUCCCACCUGCUGUUUCUAUACCAAUUCCUGAUUCCGCUAGACCAAAACCUUUGGCAUCACCACUUAUACCGCAGACUAGUGUUAAUAUCCACAAUCAUCCCUCUACUAGCACGUGAUUAUUUGAAAUUAACUUAUUUCAAUUGGUUUAUGUAGCAAAACAUUUUUAAGGAGCUUCUAAAGAAAAUGUUCCUACAGAGACGAAUUUUAGUACGGCAAUCUUCGAUAAGACGACUGAAUUUUAAGAUUUUGUGUAUUUUUAUAAAUAUAUUAUACCGUUCUUUAGAUAUCUUGUGAUACCGAUACAUUCUUAAUCCUCAAAAAGGUAAUUUUAGAUAAUCGACCUCAUAGGUCUGAAUCGUAUUAAGAAUUCAAUAUAAUCAGGCACAUUCUAUCAUAUCUACUUCGUAAUAUAUUAAGUAAAAGGUUUCGUUUCACGGUAAAUUCUGCAACCUUCUGUUGUGAUAAAUAUGCAUUUAAUAUUCAAGCUAUUGAUGUGGGAAUAUCCCAGGUAAUAUAUGCAUUAAAAGAUUUUCUAAAAUUAUUAUUAAAAAGCGAUUAAGUUCUCUUAGUGUCACGUCUGUACCUGAAUCUAUAGUGAGUGUAUCUAUCUUUUGUUUCUACAAAUUCUUAUAUCAUUUUCUACAGUAUUUGACAAACCAGAAGAUUUAUAAUUUUUAUUUAUGAAAAUAUACAAAAUUCUUUAUCGAGUACGAUGCCAUACAUUUACCGAUAUAAAAUAUUAUCUUUAGGAGUUUCUUAAUCAUAUCGAAAAAUAUUAAAAUUGGAUACGAAAUUGAUAAACAAAUUGUAUUCUGAUACUAUGAGAGAAUAUUCCGUCUUUCAUUACGAUCAGAGAUAGUGGGUCAGUGUAUAGUGCUGUAAAUGAAAAUGAUGUAUCACUUUGCCUUCGUGUGAUGUUAUUAAGGCAUAAAAAAGCAUGUAAAAGAAUUUAAUUAUUGUCAUUAAAAUUGAGAAAUAUUUAAAAAAAAAACAUCGGAAUUUAAUAUCGGCCUAUUGUGGAAUUGGAACGAUAUGAUAUUUAAGAAAAAUUCAUUUAAAAAUUAUGAGCAUUUUCACGAUGACUCAAAAAAAUACUUUUACUAUCACACGCUGGAGCAAAUAAUAUUUGCACAUAAAUUACAACAUUACUCGUACGAAGUACAUGGACAUAUUGAAAUAAGAUACUUUAAUAUAAAGAAGACUUUUUUAAUGUUCGUAACUCAUUCGCAUGCUUUUUAUGUAUACUCAUUGAAUAUUCAUGUUCCCAUAUAUUUUUUUAGCCACCAUUCUAUUUUUAUUACAUUAUUACUUUCACGGCUUGCGGAUAGGAUUAUUUGACUUUGUCUUCCUAUAGCUGUAAAGUUUCAAGAUAGCAGACGACAGUUUCACUUGUUAGUAUUUUGGAGCAUAUAGAAAUUGUAUAUAUAUAUAUGCUUAAAACUCUAUUGUCACUACCAAAGUUACUCUAUUUCAUUAUAUUUUUACAAUUAGCACAGUUAUGAUCACAUUACUGAAAUAAUUAUUAUCAUUGACAACAAAUACGAUUAAUUAAUGAGUGUAUACCUUACCCGAAAUGAAAUAUGAUAUAUUUUAAAGAACAAAAUAAGCUUUGUAAAAAUAAUGAUCUGUCGAGAAAUUAUUCAGAGCUGCCAUUCAUUGUAAGUCGUGUACAUUCAGAUGAUUAUAAUUGGUUUUCGUAAUUGAUUGUAUUAAUCAUCGCGUGCGAAUGAGUUAUAACUAGUAAGUUAUAAAUAUAACUAACUAUGAUGCAAAAAGCGAAGGGAACAAGAUACUAGAAAAUGGGAUACGACAUUUAUGUGUGAUGGAUUUCAAAACUAUUUUUAUGUGUAGUAUGAAGUGGUUCUUAAAAUUAUUAAAAUGUUUAAGCCGAGACAUCUUGGCCUGGUACUUAAACAACGCUUUUGUAAUUUAUGAAUUUAUUUGUAUCAAUGGAAAAUCCUUAGUCAAUUAGUAGGCUGUUAAUGGCGUAAGAAAUGGAAAAGCGUUGCAAAGUGUAAGGCUAAGAUAAAGUGUGUGAAUAAGUGGACAUUCAUUAGAUAUACACACAGAAUUUAAUAUAGUCGUAAUAAUUAUAUUUAAAUAUUAAAUAUACUUGAUUUUGUACAUACAUUAUAUCCAAUCAAUCUGUAUAAUAUUAAAUUUUCUUGAUAAAGUUA